AUGGGAUCGGCCGAAGAGCUCACAGUCGGUCAAGCCUCGGGCUUGAUCGCGUUUGGGAACGCGAUGGCCGCAUUCACGAUCCCCCUGUUUCUUACGGCGGCGCUAGUGCGCUGGUUCAACAAGCCGGCCUCUGCCGCAACAUGGACUGUCAUAGCCCGCCAACUACACUCCUCCCUCUGGCCCACCCUCCUACGCACCGACUCGGUCGCCUCCACCAACGUGCACUGGACGGUGACUGCUAUCGCCUACGCCAACGUCAGCUUGGCUGUGCUGCUGCUCAUCUCAGGCAUCGUCACGCCCCUCGGCCUAAGCGAUAAGAUUGGCCCCAUCAAGCGCCACACUGCUGUUCGCUUCGAGUAUGCGCCCGAUCUGUCGACCUACGGGGCGAGUACUCCAGCCCGUCCGGGGCAGGGCGAGAACAGUCACUUGCCGGGGUUGUCGCGGGAUUGUUGGAUCAGGUCCGUGCAGUGUCCUGGCAUUGAUGUGAAAGGGUUUGUGCCACAGGCGUACCGAUAUGGAUACGAGAAGAACGGGACCGUGUAUAAUGCCUCCAUUACAUCGACGACGCAUGUCCCGCGGAAUUUGACAGACAUGUUUCAAAGCCAUCGAGGCCGGUUCCCGGAUGUCGCCGGGAUUUUCGACUUGCAGUAUCGGGUCUGGCGGCCGCUGACGUCGGAGUAUUUUGACGACAAGAAGCCGUACCCGGCGGGUCGGAUGCAGCAUGUAGAUAUGCUCAUUCCGCGCGACGGCGUGGUGUUAGUUGAGGGCGCGAUCGCGGAUUUUAGUAGCGGUAAGUCAGGGGGCGGUAUCGGGUUCCGUAACCAUAGCGCGCCGUCUCAGCUGAACGGCUACGGCGCGCAGUGGACCGAGGACGUGCUGUGGAUCGAGCCGGAUAUCGCGUGCUCCGCGACGAACCUAUCGGUGGAAUUUGAGCUGGGGGACAUCGCCAACACCAGCAGCCCGGUGCGAACAGUGUUCCUAGUCGACGACGGUGGAUUUGCGCGCCUCCGACACGGCGACCCUUACGACCGAUGGCCAUCCCUCAACUUCAGCGCCCCCAACGUGCGGCUCCGCGCUGACCGGUCCGCUCAGUUGUCCAACUUCCUCCUCGGCGUCGUCUUCAACAUCACCGAUAACAUGCGUAGUGCCAUCUACGGCUUCAACACCACCAUCGGUGCGCGCUACCCCGUCCCGAAGGACACCCCUUACGGUUACGGCUACGACGCGACGGCUGAGACCCUCGUCCCGCUCGGUGUGCGUACCUCGCGGCCGGCCGGCGGCUGGCUUGGCCUGCCCUCCGGCAUCGGUUUCAACGUCAACGGUAGCGUGUACACCGACUACGGCGAGACCAUCCUGAAGCACCCUAUUGACCACCCCUUCGAGUACGGCGUCGCGCUACUAACUCAGCUCGAGGGCCGGUGCUCGGGGGAGUAUGGUAACGACGCGACCCGCGACGACUACAACGUGGCGUGUACGUAUUUCUUUGGUGCCCCGCAGCGUGUCGACCGCGGCUCGCCGCUGUUGCAGGAGGACGGGUCCAAAUGGAAGCUCCCAAUGCACGUUUGCGCGGGAGCGAGCAAGGCGUCGAUUAAGACGGUGUCGUUUGCGAUGAACUCAUCGACAACGAGUAGUGACACAGACGCCAACACCCCGCACUCGAUCGAAAACCUCGUCGUGCAGAGCAUCAAGCCCAAGCACUACACCCGCGAAUCUGAUUACCCCCUCUGGGCCAUCGAGGAUUGGUGGUCCAAAGCAGGCGCCGCUUCGUUCUACGCACCGCUAUGGGGCAUCGUCGACGACCGCUACAACAACACGCCCGGGUACAACUUCACGCGGGCGCCGUCGUUGUAUUUGCCCAAGUCAAUGCUCACACUGAACAUCCAGACGGGCGACGCCGUGGACAUCUUGGCGGGGGCCUCGGCGCCGUGGGAGGUGCUGGACUACACUAUGAGCGAGGCCUUUGACCGGCGCGUCAGCAAUUAUGUGCCGACAUACAACGGCGCCAACAACCUCGCGCUUCAGGCCAAGUGGGCGUCGUUGAGCAAGACGGCCGAGGGCGCUGCGACGGUGCUACAACUAGUGUGGACUGAUUUGAUGACUAGUGCCGUGGUCGGGACGAGCCAUCUCGCUGGCACAGAAAAGGGGACGAUAAACAAACGCGCCGCCGAUGAUGCGGCUGCUGUUGAUCCCGAUACCCGCAUCGUCACAACCUACGGCCGAAAACUGGCUUACGACAUGCGCUUCGCUAUACCCGCCAUCGUCCUGCUUUGCGCCUGGCUGGCCGUCUUCGUCUUCGGCAUCGUGCUCGUCACCGUCCACGGCCAUCUUCCCUCCCACAUCCGGAAGCUCCUGAACGACACCAGCGUCGGGCGCAUCGCCGCGACCAUGGCUGACGCCGAUACCAAGGCCCUGUUGGCCACCUCCACGGACCACUGGGUUAAGUCUGCCGGCCGGACGCAAGUUGCGCUGGGGGUGGAGCCUGGUGGCAGUGGUGACCGGGAUGGGCGUGAUGAUCAUGAGAUAAGGGAUGGUGAGAGCGUGGCGGCCAAGUCGGGAAAGCGUUCGGAGGACUACGCGUAUGCCGUAGAGCCCCAGGAGAUGGAGCUCCUCCCCCAAUCGCACCCUUAUGAAUCGCAGGUGUACCAACAGACACCCCAAGAACCCUAUCAACAAACAUACCAGCAACCGUACCAGCAGCCAUACCAGCAACCGUACCAGCAGCCAUACCAGCAACCGUACCAGCAGGCACAUGGACACCAAGGAUACCAACAGCCACCUUACCAGCAGGAGCCGUAUGCGAUGCAAUGGCAUGGGCGCCGAAGCGCCGGUACGGGGACUCACCCGAGCAGUACAAGCGAGGCAUUGGGUAGUUAG